AACUAUAUUAAAAAGAGCUAGCAAUGGGUGUCCCUUCGGAAUGGCCCUCUUUUAGUCUUCUUGUCCUAUGCAUUGUCCUCCAUUUGAGUGCACUUACUACUCUUGGAGAUGACAAGCUUGACAAAACUAGAUUCCAUGGUGAUGACGAUUGUCGAUUUGGAGGCCGACGGAGAUGUGGUGGAGGAAUUGGUGGGGGAGGUGGUUUUGGUGGAGGUAGAGGUGGUGGCAUUGGAGGUGGAGGAGGUCGUGGUGGAGGCUUUGGAGUUGGGGGUGGUGUUGGUGGUGGUGCUGGAAGGGGUGUAGGAGGUGGUGGUGGCUUUGGUGGUGGAGGAGGAAGUGGUGUUGGAGGUGGGUCAGGUCAAGGAGGAGGUUUUGGAGCUGGGGGAGGUGUAGGUGGUGGAGCUAGAGGAGGCAUUGGAGGUGGUGGUGGGGGAGGAGCAGGAGGAGGUGGAGGUGGUGGACUUGGUGGUGGUUCAGGGCAUGGUGGAGGCUUUGGAGUUGGAGGUGGCGUAGGUGGUGGUAUUGGUGGGGGUGUAGGAGGAGGAGGUGGUGGUGGUGGAGGUGGAGGUGGAGGUGGAGGUGGAGGUAUUGGUGGAGGAUCAGGCCAUGGGGGUGGGUUUGGUGCAGGUGUUGGUGUAGGAGGUGGAGCUGGUGGGGGUGUUGGAGGUGGAGGAGGAGCUGGAGGGGGUGGUGGUGGAGGCAUAGGUGGAGGGUCAGGUCAUGGUGGUGGGUUUGGUGUAGGUGGGGGUGUUGGAGGUGGUGCUGGUGGAGGCAUAGGUGGUGGUGGUGGUGCAAGUGGCGGUGUUGGUGUUGGUGGUGGCGGUGGUAGGCGUUAGAACUUAAAAGAGAACUCAACUUAUUUGUGAAGCUUCCAUCCUUGCAUUAAAAUCAUUUUAUUAUUAAUAGUAGCUUAAACUAUGAAAUGUCUUUCUAUGGGAAAGCCUACAUAUCUUUGUGCUCCAGAUUAUGCAUGUUAGGGCUCGUUUGGUAAGAGAUUUCUAAUAAUGUUGUUUAACUGUUGUGAAAAUACAUGUAGGUGAAAAAGUGUUAUGAAAAUAUAUGUUGUGGUGUUUAAACAACGAAAAAUAUUGUUUAAACACAUGAACUAAACGGGCCGUUAAUUUCUCAUUUUCUUUAAUGAUAUACUCUAGUUAAUUGGUUGGUUAUAAGUUGUAACUACACAGUGAAACCUUCAUCUGUGAAAUGAGAAAUGUCGUAAUAUUAUAAAUUUC